ACGGACCAUCACGUGAUCGCUUGAAUCCGUUCGUUUAUCACGUGACUCACGGUUCAUUAAUUUAUAUUUAAUUUAACUUAAACAUACGUGCUUUAUUUCGAUGAACCCUUAAAUCCUUUUUUGGAUAGUGGCGACAUAAAACGGAAGAAGUUCUAAAAGAGGGGGCGGAAACUAAUCCUCCUCAGCGGUGAAGGACAGCUCUAUCGUCCAAUCAGCUACCAGGAGUUCACCGGGGGUGGCCAAUCACAAUCAAGCAAAGGGCUCAUCGUACGUAGUCGGACGGAGAGUCAGAACCAGGACGGAGGCAGCAGUUCCUGCGAUGAGGAGACGGUCGUCACGGUGACAUGGAGAAGUACGAGAAGCUGAAGAAGAUCGGGGAGGGGUCAUUCGGGAAAGCCAUCCUGGUCAAGUCCAAAGAAGAUGGACACCAGUACGUCAUCAAGGAGAUCGGCAUCUCCAGGAUGUCCAGCAGGGAGCGGCAGGAGUCGAGGAAGGAGGUGGCGGUUCUGGCCAACAUGAGCCAUCCUAACAUCGUGCAGUACAAGGAGUCCUUCGAAGAGGCGGGGUGUCUCUAUAUUGUGAUGGACUACUGCGAGGGCGGAGACCUCUUCCGUAAGAUCAACUCCCAGAGAGGAGGGCCCUUCCCUGAAGAACAGGUCCUGGAUUGGUUUGUUCAGAUCUGCCUGGCUCUGAAACACGUCCACGACAGGAAGAUCCUCCACAGGGACAUCAAGUCCCAGAACAUCUUCCUGACCAAACACGGGGCUGUGCAGCUGGGAGACUUCGGGAUCGCCAGAGUGCUCAACAGCACGGUGGAGCUGGCCCGGACCUGCAUCGGGACGCCCUACUACCUCUCCCCGGAGAUCUGUGAGAACAAGCCCUACAACAACAAAAGUGAUGUCUGGGCCCUGGGCUGUGUGCUGUAUGAGAUGUGUACCCUCAAGCAUGCUUUUGAGGCGGGGAACAUGAAGAACCUGGUCCUGAAGAUCAUCCGCGGGUCCUACCCCCCGGUGUCACUGCACUACUCCCAGGACCUGCGCUCCCUGCUGGGCCUGCUCUUCAGACGCAACCCCCGGGAGCGGCCCUCCGUCGGCACCGUGCUGCAGAAGCCCUUCCUCUCCUGCAGGAUCCACAAGUUCCUCAGUCCCCAGAUCAUCGCUCAGGAGUUCAGCCCCGCCUUCCUCCACAAGCAGCCUCCAGGGGGUGUGGCCCCGGGGCUCCCAGCAGCGAAGCGUCCAGCCCAGGCCUCCACCCUCCUCUCCCCGGCUCAGAAGAUCACUAAACCCGCCGCCAAGUACGGUGUUCCUCUGGCGGCCAGGAGGGUGUCAGAGGGAGCCAGGAGACCGAGAGUGGCCGCCGCCCCCCCCCAGAGGAGAGUGAGUCACGCGGACGAGAGGAAUAAACACGAGGACGCGGUCCGGAAGAAACGCGCGGAGCUGCUGGAGAAGGAGAGGAAACACAAGGAGCAGGUGCUGCUGCUGAAGGCGGGCCAGGUGAAGAGCUACGAGAGGGAGAAGAUGAACCGGAUCAACCAGGCGCGGGAGCAGGGCUGGAAGCACGUCCUGGGAGCCAGCGGGGGGGGCAGCCCGGAGAGGAAGGGUUUCGGCAAGAGGGCCGGGGGGGCGGGGCCUGGUGCUGGCCCCUCCCUCUGCAUAGGCCCCGCCCCCUGUCCGGCACAGGCCCCGCCCUCUGCUAUAGUCCCCGCCCACUGCAGGGCGGCCUACGAUCACUACCACACAAACCUGUCCAGGGAGGGUAGCCCAGUGCGGGGUGUUCCUGCUGCUGCCGGGCCGCUCCCCCCACAAAACCCAGACGCCGUCCGGAAGGAAGUCCAGAGACUGCAGUCGGUCUCCAGACAGGCCCACAUCCACAGGCACCGGGCCCAGGUGGGGGCGGGCCGGGGCUGCCAGGUGGAGCAGUUCCUGCAGCGGAAGAGAGAGGCCAUGCUGAACAAGGUCCGGGCGGAGGGACAGCUGGGGGCGCGGCAGAACUGGGCGGCGGUCUACGGGAGCCGGGGGGCGGGGCCUCACCGCUUCAGGAGGCCCCGGGCCAAUCAGGAGGAGGAGGAGUAUCUAACCCGCCUUCGUCAGAUCCGGCUGCAGAACUUCAACGAGCGGCAGCAGAUGAAGGCUCGGAUGAGAGGGGAGAAGUACGACAGCGACGGCUCAGACAGCGUCGGGUCCAGUGAGGAGGCGGAGCUACGCAGGAAGAAGAUAGAGGUGCUGAAGGCCCAGGCCAGUGUGCGGGCGGCCGUGCUCCAGGAGCAGCUGGAGAGGAGGAGGAAGGAGGCGUCUCAGAAGGCCUGGGAGGAGCACCUGGUGGCCCGCGGGGUGAAGGUCGCCGUGGCAGCCGGAGGAGACGCGGGGUCGCGGGUCAGCUCGAUAGAGCCGACCUCUGACCCCCGGGAGAACCUAGACCCUGCUGACCCCCCCCCUCUGCCCGCCAUCUCCAUGACAACGGCUCUGAAGGAGGUUGGAGCGAACUCGGUCCGUAAUGAAGACGCGCUGAAGACCGAGACGGCUGAGAUCCAGAGGGAGAAGAAGGAGAUCCUCCGGAGGCUGAAUCAGAACCGCCAGCUCCAGAGUCCAGUGGAGGAAGAGCCCCCAGCUCCUCCCCCUCCUCCUCCUCCCCCUCCUCCUCCUCCCCCUCCUCCCCCGGCUCCUCUCCCCCCCCCGGGCCCUGUGGUCCGCGCUCCCCCCCCCCAGGACCAGGCCCCCCCUCCCUCGGAGGAGCGGCCGGGCUCCGGAGGAGACAGGAGGAGGUGGGAGGCCGGAGCUCCAGUGGUUCUGGCCCUGGGCCAGCAGACCCUCAACGAGAGCUGCAUCAACGCCGACCAGACUGUGGGGGAGGUGAUCAGGAUGGGUGUGGCCUUGGGGGAGGGGCCUAGGAAGGCAUGGGGGCGGAGUCCCGACAGCCUGGUGCUCCGGGUCCUACAGGAGGCGGAGCUUCAGUCCCUCACCCAGACGAUACUGGGAGACAGCAGCCCCUGCCAGGAUAACUCCCACCUGGGGGAGGGGGAGGGACCCAGCCCGCCCGCUGCUCCCCCCUCGGACCCCCGGGUCAGAGGUCAGGAGGAGGGGGGGGUCACGGCUCCCGUCCCUGACCUGGAUCAGGGUCCUGGUGCUGGACCCGGGGCGGACACCGGACCUGGAGCGACCUCUGACCUCACAGAGAUCCUGGACCCCCUGGACCUGGAGGCCGUGGUUCUGGGGGCGUGCACGCAGCAACGUGCACGCCCCCCCGCUGAGGUGAAGCAGGUCUGGCAGCCGCCGCCCCCCCAGCCACCAGAGGGCGCCGUGGCCCCAGCAGAGACGGCGGAGAAGCCCCCCGACCCAGCAGCCCCGCCCCCGUGGGAGGAGCCUCUCUUCUCGCGGCUGUGUAGCCCCGCCCACCGGCGGACCCUGGCCCUCCUCUCGGCCCAGUCCUCCCUGGACGACUCCUCCUGCUCCCUGGCGUCGCGCUCCCGCUCCGUCUCCCCCCUGCGCUCCUCCCAGCACCGGGACCUCCUGCUGGGGCUGUCGGCCGGCCUGUUCGACUCCCCCAACCCCAAGAUGCUGAGGACCUGCUCUCUGCCCGACCUGAGUCUCCUCUUCAGCUCCACGGUCGCCCCCGGCGAUGACCCGGCCGUUGCCCCCGACAACCACCUGGAGGCUAAGGAAGACGACCAAUCAGAGGCUGAGGACGGCUACGAGGAUGAGGACCUGAGGGAACUCAGGGCCUCCAUGGAGCGACUCCUCCAGGAGGAAGAGGAGGAGGGCGGGGACUUCCCCAGGAGCCCCCCAGAGGAAGAGGAGGAGCGAGAAGGAGACUUCAACGGGAACCCAGAAGGCUGUGCAGCCCCGCCCCUCCUAGAGGGGGGAGGAGCUUCUGAGGAGGAGGAGGAGGGGGGAGGGGCUCCUGAGGAGGAGGAGGAGCUGAACCACAUGGUGGAGGACGAUGAUGAGGAGGAAGAGGAGGAAGAGGAGGAGGGGGAGGAGGAGGAGGAGGAGGAGGAGGAGUCCAAUGGAAGCCCUGGAGAUGAGGAGGUGGAAGAUCUGCUGACCAACGGUGUGGAGGAGGAAGAGCAGCAGGAGGAGGAAGAGGAGGAGCACAGCAGAAACAGUCAGCUCAACGAGGAGUGGCACUCAGACAGCAGUGGGGAGGAGGCAGAGCAGCAGCAGCAGCACCAGGACAGCAUCUUCAGCCGUCUGGAGGAGCUGCGCUUCAACCUGGAGCAGCUCAUGGGCUUCGAGAACUUCAUCGAGGCCUACAACAAGAUCAAGGCCAUCCACGAGGACGAGGAGGAGAGCAUCGAGCUGGGCUCCAGCCUGGUGCUCAGCAUCCUGGGGACCCAGCACCAGCACCUGUACCCCAACAUCCUGCACCUCGUCAUGGCCGACGGGGCCUACCAGGAAGAUAAUGACGAGUAGCCGGUCUUGUCCCGGUCUUGUCCCGGUCUUCCGAGGUCUUCCCGGGACAGAAGGUCUUUGCAUGGGGCGUCGUCGUAGCGUCACAUCUGAAAGUGUUUCAGGCACACUUGCAUGAUGGGUAAUGCGGUCCCACGAUGGCCGCGGCCUGUUCCUCCACUCCCUGACACCAGGAGUAAUGUUGCUACAGGAAGUGCAUUAACCAGUGUGUGUUCUUACUAACCAAAGGUCUGCCCCUCCCCCUUCUGUCGCACACAUACGUGUGUGUGUGUGUGUGUGUGUGUGUGUGUGUGUGUGUGUGUGUGUGUGUGUGUGUGUGUGUGUGUGUGUGUGUGUGUGUGUGUGUGUGUGUGUGUGUGUGUGUGUGUGUGUGUCUUAAAAUGUGUUGUUUGGUUCUUUGCUUGGACACCUUGUUCUAAACGAUGUUCCACGCUCCAGGAUCUUCCAGGAUUCUGGUUCUGCUUUCCACACGUUCACGUUGUGAUGUUGUUCAGAGGACCUGGUUGAGGACUUCUCUACUCAUACACCAGCACCGUCUCACUCCUCCACCUGAGUAGCAGGGUGUAGUUCUCCACCCGUUCUCCACCCGCCAUGAUGACACACAACCAGUUGAACCUCUAUUCCUACGAGCUAGCAGACAGACUGUAGGCCACUUGAACACCUUUUCUUUUCUACCUGUUUCUACUUGUUUAUUCAACACAAGACUUUCUGAAGAUCAGUGAUGGUCUGUCUGGUUGCCAUGGUGAUGUACCGAGGGAGCUAACACGAUAUAUAUGUUCCACUGACACGACUGUAUGAGUUCCCGUGAAAUGGGAAAAAUAUUAUUCUUUCUAUAAAAUAAAACCCUUUUUUAACAAA